AUUUCCUCACUCCCCGGCAUGGCUGCGACACAGAAAUUACACAGAUGUGUUGUGUCUCAAACAGGGAAACAUUCCGCAUCGAUUAUCUUCCUCCAUGGCUCAGGAGACACAGGCCUGGGGCUUCGGGGGUGGGUCCGAGACACGUUUCAUCUGGCGUUCCCCCAUAUCAGAAUAAUCUACCCUACGGCUCCUGCCCGGCCCUACACACCGAUGCGGGGCGCUCUGUCUAACGUGUGGUUCGACCGGCACAAGAUCUCCAGGGACUGCCCAGAGCACCUGGACUCUGUGGAUGCCAUGUGUUCCACUCUUGGAGCCAUCGUCCAGGACGAGAUCCAGGCUGGCGUUCCCAAACACAGGAUAGUAAUCGGUGGGUUCUCCAUGGGUGGAGCCAUGGCAUUGCACCUGGCCUGCAGGUACCACCCAGAAGUGGGAGGAGUCUUUGCUCUAUCCAGCUUCCUGAAUAAAGACUCCGUCGUCUAUCAGGCGGUGGAGGAGCGUCGUGCGGGGACGCUGGGAGUGCCGGAGCUGUUCCAGUGCCACGGCGCCAGCGACGACCUGGUGCUGCACGAGUGGGGCGAGCAGACGAGCGCCCAGCUGCGCCGCACGGGCAUGAGCGUGUCCUUCCACACGCUGCCCGGCCUGCAGCACCAGCUGUGUGCCCCCGAGCUGGAGCUCCUCCGCGCCUGGCUGCUGCGCAAACUGCCCCCGCAGGAGGGGCACGCCGAGUAGGGGCGCCGACGCACACACACUCACACACACACGCACGCGCACGCGCACGCGCACGCGCACGCGCACACACACACACACACACACACACACACACACACACACACACACACACACACACACACACACACACACACACACACACACACACACACACACACACACACCCGAGCUGGAGCUGCUGCGCGCCUGGCUGCUCUGCAAACUGCCCCCGCAGGAGGGGCACGCCGAGUAGGGGCGCGGACGCACGCUGAGAUGGGGACGAGACUGGACAGGACACACACACGCAUGUGCGCACACAGACACAGACACACACACAGACAUGCACAGACACACACACAGACAUGCACACACACACUCACAGACACACACACUCGCACACACAGAUACACACACACAAACACACACACACACACACACACACACACACACACACAGACACACACACAGACACACAGACACAAACCCAAACACACACACACACACACACACACACACACACACACACACACACUUCAGCAUGCUACUCCCACACACUCAUACCAGCACACGCACAUUAGUGAAUUCGCACAAAUGAACAUGUACAGCUGAUGGAUCAAGAAAGCUCAAGUAAAGGAACCAAAAUGUCUAACACUGAGUUAGGUUAAGCCAGAGGACGUAAUUUACAGAUGUACUGAUUGACUGCCCUCAACAUCCCAAAGUCUUACCCUCAGUGAUUGACCAUGUUCACAAACCCACUCUGAAAUGCUUUCCAGCAUGCCUGAUUUGGGAAAGAAUAUAGACUAGAGUGUACAGUGUAAUUUAUGUUGUUAGAAAAAUCUACGAAUGACCAUAUUGCAUUUUACCUGCAUAUUGUGCCAAUCUAUGCAUAUUAUAUAAAAUAUGAUAUUAUAGUAUAUACAAUUUCAUUACCGGUAUACAUUUUUUGUUUAUGCAUUGUGUUUUUUUGUGUUAAUUGUAUCAUGCCGUCACUUACAGUUUUCAGACAUGAAAAUGUGGUUGUUAUGGGAAAGAAGCCAUUACCUGUAGAAUACAAGGGAUUGAUGUUGAAUUUACAGACUCCAUGAAUUCCAGUCAAGAGUCAGCUCUCUCUUGAACAAAAUAAUCUACACACAGUAGACCUUUAAUGUGACUGACUUUUUUUUUUAAAUACCUGAACUACAUGUAUAAAGAUGGUUAUGUUAUGUCAAUAAAAUGUCCUAUUUGUGUGAACC